AUGGAUGCAAAAUUGAGCUGUGCAAAUGCAGAUACAACAGAGGGCAUCUCGAGCCCCAUAGCCGCGCACAUCCUCGACUUCUGCGACGAUGGCAGCGGCGGCGGCGACCUCUUCGGGGCGGUGAAUGCUGCAUCCGACGUGUUCGCUGCCUCGUCGGAGGACGCCUCCUCGUUCUCCACCGCCACGCCUCCCCUCUGCAGCCAUGGCGACAACAUGUCGUCGGGCGCGGCCGCGGCCACGACCACGGCCACCUUCUCCCCCUUGCCGUCCCUUGACUCCACACUCUCGGCGCUCCUCGAGGAAGACCAGCCGCCUGGCCCCGACGCCGAGCUCCUCCUCCCCAUAGACUACGCAUUCGCGGCGGCGGCGGCGGGCACGGACGAGGCCCAGACGGAGCAGCAACAGUUUGGCCAGAUGGUGCUCCCGGUGGUGACCGCGGCAGAGCACCACCCGGCGCUGCAGACGCAAAUGAGCAGCACGGCGUCCGAGCUCAUGCAGCUCACCUCGGGAUACACCGACGAGUGCUUCGCAGCGGCGCUGGCCGGAGGGUUCAUGGGGCUGGAGGAGACCCUGUGCCAGCAGCAGCCUGGAGCGAUGCUCCCCGGCGCCGCCGACGCGGCGACGCAGGGGUGUUACGCGACGCAGGGAGGUUUCUUCGGCGGCGGCGGUUGCACGGGCACCGUGAUGUCGAUGAUGCUGGGGAUGGAGGAGAUGGGCGAGUACCAGAGGAUGAUGGAGGGCGGCGCGCUGGUGGACGCCGACUCCGCGGGGCAGAUGGCGUUCCCUACCGCCGCAGAGAUGCAGAUGGGAGGCAGCGGGAGCCCCGGGCGGCUGCCGGCGGCGGGAGAGACCUCGAGCCUGGAGGACACGAGCCUCAAGGCCGCCCGCCUCUCCGUGGAGGAGAGGAAGGAGAAGAUCCACCGGUACAUCAAGAAGAGGAACGAGCGGAACUUCAGCAAGAAGAUCAAGUACGCGUGCAGGAAAACCUUGGCGGACAGCAGGCCGCGCGUCCGCGGGAGGUUCGCCAAGAACGACGAGUACUGCGAAGCAUCCACGGAGAUCGGAUCACAGAACCACGAGGAGUACGAGCAGAUGCCGGGCGUGAAGGCGGAGGACAUGCUCGACCCCGACGCGCUGGCGCACAUCAGCGGGAUGAGCUCCUACAUGUACAACCACACGGUGGAGUCGUGGAUAUAA